AUGUCAUUUGAGCACGCCCCAGUGACCAAAGGCCUCAUGCUGGGCUGUGCGCUAGCAUCAAUAGUCGCUGGAGUUUUCGACGUGAAACACUACCUUCAUCUCCAGCUCGUUCCCCACCUUUCUAGGUACCACCAAUACUGGCGAUUAUUCGGCCAUCAUGUCGCAUAUUCAAAUUCUAGCGACCUAUUCCUUGCAGAAAUUAUCUUGUACAAUGUCUCUGUCCCUGUCGAGCGUGCCUUCGGCAGUGUAAAAUUCGCAUCCUUCGCAGUCAUGUCCACGCUGGUCGCCACUAUCAUCGAGUUUGCAUCACUGCUGAUUUUCCAUCGGUUUGGUUUCAACUACAUCCACUCAGGGCCAACCGCCCUGAUAUUCAGCAUAUUGUACCAAUAUUCAAGGCUCAUCCCUUCAGUAUACCAGUUCCGCAUGUUUGGAAUCCCACUGUCAAACAAGUCUUACCCUUACUUGCUGGCUCUACAAUUGGCCAUACUGCACUAUCCUUCAUCCGUGGCGGUCGCCAUAAUCGGGAUUCUAGCGGGACAGAUCUAUCGUUCAGACCUUGCGAGUCUGAAAUCCUAUCGUCUGCCAGCUGUUGUGGUUCGACUGUCCUCGCGUUACGUCUUGCCUUUGAUAGGCAGCACACGCCCUCCGAGGAGAAGCCAUCUAGCGUUCCCGGACGAAAGGCCCAACCCCGUCCGGACAGUACGCUUGUCUACUGCUGAAGACGAGGUUGUAACCACUGCACCUACAGCACCUCCCGAGACGCCCUCCACAGAACCGACUGGCGAUGGGAACAAUAGGUCCGUCGUGCGGGAAUGGGUCAACGAAUUGACAGGGCGCGCAGACCGUGCUUCAGCCGGGCUCAGAGUGCCCAGUGAGACCGAAAUCGCGAACCUCACGAACAUAUUCCCUGACUUACAACGGGACGUCAUCGUCGCGGCAUUACAACGCAGGUACGUGAGAGUCCAGUUCUCAUUCUGCUGA